AUGCAGCGCCUUAGUAGCAGCGCAUUCCGCCCCCGAUGGCGGCGUGCAACAGUCAAGACGCAGGGUGAGCGCCUGUCUCCACGGGUCAACGCGACUCUCGCGGGAGAAGAUGACGCAUAUUGGCACGAGCGACGAUGGAUGUCUAUGGGCUCGAGGAGGCCCAGGAGGCCGCGGACGGCCAUCUUCUUUCCGGGCCAAGGAACCCAAAAGGUCGGCAUGCUAACUCCAUGGCUCGAGGCCUUCCCAUCGACGGCACGCGAACUCAUUCAACAAGUCGACCAUUACGCCGGCUUCAAGCUCUCCGACGUCAUCCAAAACGGGCCGUCCAAGGUCCUCACGCAGACCACCAACGCCCAGCCCGCCAUAAUGGCCACAUCCAUCGUCAUCCUCAAGAUCCUCGAGCGCGAGUUCAACUUCAAGGUCGCCGACAACUUCGACAUGACCCUCGGCCACUCCCUCGGCGAAUUUGCCGCCCUCGUCGCCGGCGGAUACAUCACCUUCCAGGACAGCCUGUACCUCGUCAAGCGGCGCGCGGCGGCCAUGUCGGACGCGACCAAGAAGGCCAUACAGGACUACGGCGGGGAGUACGGCAUGGUGGCCAUCAUCACGGAGCCCGAGUACCUGCGGGGCCUGAUCGCCGCCAUCCACGACUUCGUGGGCCACUCGAGCGCGGGGAGCAAGGGCGAGAGCAGCGAGCACGUCCCGCCCAUUGAGCAGGUGCUCAUCGCCAACAUCAACAGCAAGAACCAGAUCGUGCUGAGCGGCAACCUCGAGCGCAUCACGACGCUCAUGGCGCACGUGCGGCAGUUUCUGGGCCACGACCCGCGGGCGGUGCGCCUGCACAGCGACAGUCCGUUUCACAGCCCCAUCAUGAAGCCGGCCGUUGCCGUGAUGCAGUCGCUGCUGGAGGACAAGAGCCGCGUUCCGGGGCGGGAGGGGGAGGACAUCAUCACGUUUCCCGGAGACAUUCCGUGCAUAAGCAACGUCACGGCGAGGCCGUUUCGGAGCAAGGAGCAGCUGAAGGAGCUGCUGGCGAGGGGGUGCCUCGAGACGGUCCGCUGGUGGGACAGUAUUCGGUAUUUGGACCAGCAGGAAAAAGUUCGUCGGUGGGUUGGGAUAGGGCCGGGCAAGGUUGGCCGGAAUCUGGUGGGGAAGGAGGUCGGCAUGAGGGGGAAGGACUCGGUCAAGGGGGGAGGAGUCUGGGCCAUUACGGAUCCGAGCGACAUCGACGAGGUGUUGAGGGGGUUGGAGGAGACGGCUGGUGGUGACGAGGAGUAG